UUUGCCCUAAACAAAUCGAUUGAGUUUGGGGUGGUGCGGUGGUUCUCGGAUUGGAUUUUUAGUUUGGACGGGGAGUAUAAAAUCACAUCGUUCUCGCAUCGGGGUCGCCGGCGGUCUGUAGAUUGGUGUACAGAGACAAGCAAAAAUCAACCCUUCUCCGGCCAGUGGAACUCUCAAGUGUUGAAGACAGAGGGCUCUUUGCCGUUGUCGCAAGGCUGGAAAUAGCGCUAUCGAUUCAAAGUUGCGUGUUCGUGCAGCGGUAUUCAAUAGCGUGUUGAGGGAAUUUCACGUGUUUUCUCCUACAAACCGCAGCUGUUCCAAUGGAGGCUGACAGGCUGAAUUCUCCGGAUACAUCAGUAGUUACAUUUGAAGUUCUAGGUCAUCAGCUGCAGUUCUCACAGGAUCCUAACUCUAAGCACUUAGGGACUACGGUAUGGGAUGCUUCAAUGGUGUUUGCCAAGUUUCUGGAAAAAAAUAGUAGAAAGGGAAGGUUUUCACCGUCUAAACUGAAAGAAAAACGUGUAAUUGAACUUGGAGCUGGCUGUGGGGUGGCUGGGUUUGGCAUGGCUCUGCUGGGCUGUGAUGUCCUGUCAACCGACCAAAUUGAGGUUCUGCCUCUGCUUAAGAGAAAUGUUGAACGCAAUAUAUCUAGGAUAGUGCAGACGUGUCAUGAUUCAGACUCCUUCGGUUCCAUCGUAGUCACAGAGCUUAACUGGGGUGAUAUGGAUCAGAUAAAGUCAUGCAAUCCACCUUUCGAUUAUAUCAUUGGCACCGAUGUUGUUUAUUCAGAGCAUCUUUUGGAUCCUCUGUUGCAGACAAUACUUUCAUUGUCCGGCCCACGAACCACUGUUUUGUUAGGGUAUGAGCUUCGUUCAACAAAUGUCCACGAUCGAAUGCUUGAUUUAUGGAAAAGAAAUUUUGAGGUUAAAAGUAUUCCUAAAGCAAAGAUGCACCGAGAGUACCAGCAUCCGACUAUACAGUUAUUUAUGAUGACCCUAAAGCCAUCUAACAAUGAGAUUGAUUGUCGAGCUGAAGAGAGUGAAUCUGACGAAACCGAGCAGAUAUGUAAAGAAAAUAAGAAUGAUUCCGAGGAAGGAAGCUCCCUCAUUGACAAUCUGCAGGCUAAAAAUCUCAGUGAUUGGGAAACAAGGAGAUGCGGCGCAAUGGCUGCUCGUCUUCUUCGGGAUGUAAAGAUAACAUGAACAGAUAGUCGAGUCAUCCCCGGCGACAGAAAACCGAUCCACAUACAAACCUACAUAGGAUAUCAGCGGGGCAGCUCUGGAUUCCUCAAUAAGAAGCCUCAGGCGACGAGCUUUGACGAACGGGAACAGCAACAGCCGUCUGAAUCCCACAGUCGUCCCGUUCGUCGCCUUUUCCCACUCACCCGACUCAUUCAAGAAAUCCAGACGGAACGCCGCAAUCCGCUGCCCCAUCUGAAUCGGCUCUUGCACGAGCAGCACAUUGAAAGAAAUCGUCUCCGGAAAAUCAAGAAACAGCGUCCAGCUCGACUGUCUGCGCGUCCCAUUGGGAGCCCAGUAAGAAUAUAUACUGUCGAUGAGAAUAUUGUGUGCGCCAUAUCGAGAAUCGUCGCCCAAAUUGCCGCGGGUGGUGCUCGCAGAGAUCGAAGCCCUUUGCGCUAAAUUGUCGGAGAAGAUGGAGGUUCGCAUGUCUGAAAAUUCUUCGAGGGCUUUGAUGUCUUCGGGGGAUAUAAGACCCGAUGAAUUCGGAGGUACAUUGAGCAGCAGGAGACAGUUCCGGCCGACGCUUUUGUAGUAUAGAUCGAGAAGUGCCGAAGCGGGUUUUGGGGAUUCCGACGCGUG